UAAGAGGAGGGAUCUGUGCAUGGAGCCAAUCACUAAAGACGCAGUCUCUGCUGCUUUUCAACACCCUCUCGAUGGUGAUUUAUUCCCAUAUUUGAUUUAUCAUCUCGGUGGGAUGGAUGGCUUCUUGCAGGGGAGUACACAGAAUCCACCGGAAACUUGUGUUGCCCACUGCACAGAGAUAAUCUGAGACAAAUCAAGUUAAGCAAGGCCACAGGAUUGACCUUCUGCAGAGCAAAUGAGGGAGAGACAACGUUGGAGCUGGGGAGAUUGGCGUCAGAAAUGUUGGUAACUGCAACAGUAAAUCAUCUGUCUUUUGAGAUGGUGGUUACAGGCAUCUUAUCUCAACUACUAAAGGCUCUGCUAUGACCAUCAGUCUGAGUGAUUAUACAUAUGGAUUUCCAUGUAAAGACAACAGGGGGAUCUCUGAUGGAAUACAUCAGAGCUCCCAGAGCGAGGUACACAAUAGUAGGAGAAGCUAUACGUCAUGUCAUCCCUGGACAUAUGCAAUGCUCUAUCGGCUGUGGAGGUCAAGCCUGCAAGUAUGAUAAUCCAAGUUAUUGGACGGAUGACCAACAGGCCAUAAAAGGCCUCUACUCUUCAUGGGUUACUGAUCAUCUUCUCGCUAUGUCCAGACCUUCAACAGAUAUCAUUGAGAAGUACAACAUUAUUGAUCAAUUCAGAAGGAGUGGUAUUAGAACAGUAAUCAACCUACAGAUACCUGGUGAACAUGCCAGCUGUGGAAGUCCUCUAGAGGCAGAGAGUGGCUUUUCUUAUCGCCCAGAGGUUUUUAUGGAAAACAAUAUUUAUUUCUAUAAUUUUGGCUGGAGUGACUACGGAGUGGCCAAUCUCACCACUGUGCUGGACAUGGUGAAGGUCAUGGCGUUUGCACUGCAGGAGGGGAAGAUAGCAGUUCACUGUCAUGCUGGUCUCGGCAGAACAGGUGUGCUGUUAGCAUGUUUCUUGGCCUAUGCUACCAGAAUGACUGCUAACCAGGCCAUUUUAUAUGUUCGUGCCAAACGACCCAACUCCAUCCAAACACGAGGUCAGCUACGUUGUGUCAGAGAGUUUGCUCAGUUUCUUGUCCCUUUAAGGAGUGUGUUUUCCUGCGCUGAGCCCCGAUCCAACCCAGUCACCCUGCAACAGUACCUAAACCGCCAGAGACGCAUUCUGCAUGGCUACGAGAGAAAGGAGCUGAAGCACCUACCAAAGAUCAUCCAGCUAGUGUCUAGGCUGCUGUUAGACAUUGCAGAGAAUCGACAAGUGAUUGAGGAAGAUAUUUUAGAGGCCCCUGAUAUCCAAGAUAUAGAAAUGACUCUCAGCAUAGUUGAGAAGAUGGGCCAUAAGUUACUUGGAAAGGAACCCCGUUUACCAGGUACUCCCACCUUACCCAGACAUUUCAAUGAGCCGCCCAUCUUCUAUCACCGCAAAAGUCUGAGCUACAGUGAGUCUGACUUGAGACGGUUGGGCUCACAGUUAAACCUCCUCACACAGCCUCUGACCUCGCUGUCACAGAGUAAUAUUCAGAUGUCCAUUUCUCAGUCUCACAUUGAAUCCAAGGAUAAAGGUUGGAGUAGCAACACAUCUGAUGUCUCUCAUGGCUCAGUAGGCUCACUCUGGAGGGUCAAGAAUGUGGAAAACCCAAAAGAUGCAACCAUUCUGCUGAAGAAAGUGAAGAGGAAAACAAUCCAACGUAGUGAGUCAAUGGGAAACAAUGAAUCUACCAAGACAGGUAACAUGCUGUCCAGGUGGAAGACAGAGCAGAGGGAAGAGCUAGCAAAGAAUGGGAGGGACUUUGAGGUUAGAGAGGAGGAGCAUUCUGAGGUGCCCUUCAUCACCUUGCAGUCAGAGCUGUCCCUGGAUGCCAGGAGGUUGCUAGUGGCGCAGGCCUUGGCGGUGGACCUGUUUCUUGAUGGAGAAGAAGAGCACAAGAGCAAAGUUUUGGCCUGGCAGGCAGAGCUGAACCAAGGCGGUGCAUGGGAGAGGCUGUGCAUGGAGCGGGAUCCCUUCAUCCUCACUGGACUUAUCUGGGCUUGGCUGGAGCAACUUAAAGAGCCAGUCAUCUCCAUCCAGGAUGCCAAUGCCCUGACCCCUGAUAAUAUGGAUGCUCAGACUGUCCUAAGCACACUUGACAAGGCCCCUAAGGAAACAUUAACAUGCAUACUAGAUUGCAUGGCUCAUAUGCAGAAUAUACCAGACGAGGUUGAAAAUGCAUUCCUGAAUCGUAUCAUCAAGGCUUUCACAUGGCUGGAUAAUAAUUCAGAGGAAGGGAGAAAAGUUUAUGAGUCCAUGACAGCAGUCCUAAAGUUUGUUCUUGAGGACAUGAGAUGUAUGACAACUGGAGAAGAUGAGACAGCUAUGGCUCCCAUUUCAUUAACAUAAGUGCUACCAUUUGUGUAUGUGUGGUGCACUGUCUGCGUGGAAAAGAAAAUGAUGCUUUUGUGCCUUUUGUCAAAAUUAUUAAUUAUGUAAAAACACACAUUUGUCAGUGUGGGCUUAAUAUGAACAUUUGUAUAUAGUUUAUUGUCACAAAAACAUAACUAACUUGCCUCAGGAUUAUUUUACCUCAGCAGAAUGUGGAUGUAACAUAUUAAAGAACAGAUGACAAGAAUAUAUUUUGCAACGCAUUAUGCCUUAAGCCAGGACACACUCAAUACUUGCAUAUCUCAGCUCGAAAAGAGUAGAUAUUUAACAUUAUCCUUACACUUGGGCGACUUCUUAUUUCUUAAUAAGCACAUUGUUCACACAGUCUAUAAAUGCCUUUCCCAUAGUGUUUAUCUGUAUUACAUUCCCUUUUUUGUAAACAUAGUCUCGCCAAAGAACAUCCUAUUGUAAGUCUACUCUGUAUGAUGAACAAUUCAUAAUAAAAUCAAAUGUUUUUCCUUCCA